GUUUUCUUCCUUAGUUUAAUACGUGGUUUUCGUUUUAGUUUAAAUAUAUAUAUAUAUAUAUAUAUAACAAUUUAUUUAUUUACAUUUUAAGUAGAAUGACUUCGAAACAUUUUUGUUUAAAAUGGACCAAGUUUCAAACAAGUAUAUUAAAUGCCUUUGAAAGUCUUCAAAGUACUGAAGAUCUUGCAGAUGUUACUUUAACAUGUGAAGGAAUUAGUUUAAAAGCACAUAAAUUUAUAUUAUCAGCUUGCAGUCCCUACUUCCGUACUAUUUUUAAGGAAAAUCCAUGUUCUCAUCCUAUUGUCAUACUGAAAGAUGUAGCCUACAUUGAUUUAAUUGCUUUAGUAAAUUUUAUGUAUCAUGGAGAAGUGAUGGUUGCUGAAGAACAACUUGCAUCGUUCCUACAAACUGCAACUAUACUGCAAGUUUCAGGACUAAUUAAUAAUGAAAGUCCGUACUCUGUAAAUCGACAAUUGGCAUCUAAAAAAAUAAAAUCUGCUCACAGUGAACCCCAAGAGUGCCCUUCCAAAAAAAUUAAAAUAAUUCCAAAAUCUGUUAAGGGUUUUAAUGAAGAACUUGCACAAAAGAAAAUUAUUUCACAAAGUGAUGUUUUAGAAGAUGAAAUUGUGAGAUCUGAAACUCAAGAUGAAUUUGAUAGCAAUAAUGAACAACAAGAUGUUAAACUGUGUGAUCAAGAAAAAAUGGAAAAUCAAACACAAACUUCCAUAUUAGAAGCAGCUUUAGAAGUGAAAUCAGCAAGCAUAUUAGAAAGGUCAUUGACAUCUCAACCUACUUCUGGCAAAUCACCAUCUUUACCUUUAUCGUGUGAAAAGUUGAAUAUAUUGCAAGUAUUACCAGAUAUUUCAAUACCUAAGACUGUUUUUAUACCACGAAAACCACCAGAAAAUGAAUUAGAGAGGUUAAUUUUAAGGUCAUCUUCAGAAUCAUCCUCGAGUCCAUCAGCAUUUGAUCGUCCUAGUGAAUUUUUACAACAAAGUAUUAAAAUUGAGCAUACUGAUCAGCAUGAAAUGGAGAUCAUAUCAUGUGAUGAUUCUGCUUUAAAUUUUUCCAAAGCAUUAGUGGACACACCUCAUCAUAGUAGUCAAUGUGGUAAUUGUCCACAUUGUGGGAAGGUAUAUUCUAACCAAUCUGCAUUAAAAUACCAUGUUAGACUGGUUCAUUCUGAUUUAACAAAUAUGUACUGUUGUCAUUUAUGCCCCGAGAGUUUUGAUUAUAGGGAGGGAUAUAAAAAGCAUAUGAUUGAAGCUCAUUCAGUUCGAAACUGAUAAGGUGGAUUGUUUUUAUUAUAUAUUUUUGUUAAAUUUUAUAUCUUAUUUUAUUAUAUAUUUUUUACGUUAAUAGAUAAAUUGGUUGGAA